CUGCCCUCCGCUCGCGGCCGCCGCGGCGCUCCCACCCUGCCCCACCCCAGGCGACCCAGCGUGGAGCGGCGGGAGGCCGGAGCCCAAGGUGCGAGAUGGACAAGAGGGACAAGUCCAGGGCAGGGGCCGCCGGUCGGACGCCCUCUUCUCGCCCUCCCAACCUUCCGACCCCCAAGCCCCCAGGGUCUCCACGACCCCUUCCCCCCGUAACCAGCGCGGCUCUUCGAGUUCUGGGAGCAGCGGGAGCUUCAGGGCGAGGGCCUCUGGCAGAGCGAGCGGGGGGCAGCCGGGGAGCCGCUCUCCCGGAGGCUACUCCCCGGGGGGGACCACCGCGGAGUGCUGGGACAGGCCCCCGGAGCUCAGCCUCCAGGCCCCCAGCAGCUGGGAGAGGGGAGCGGGCCCCUGCGAAGACCCCAGGCCCAGGCUGUAUCUCUAGCUCGGGGCAUGCCAGCGGGCCCACCAGGCCAGGCCCUCUUGGGCAGAAGGGGCUCCGGCCCCCAGCUGAGGAACCUGUGGCCAGAGGAAAAGCCCCUGAAGUGCCCAGAAGGAGCGCCCUGAGCGCUGGGGCACGGAGAGACUCUUCUGGGUCCACUCCAGCCGUCUCCUCCUCGGCCAUCUCCCGUCGAUCCCGGGCUGCGGGCGCUGAGGUGGGUGUCCCCCGGGCAGCUCCGAGUGCCCGGCCCCGGCCCCCGACCGAGGCUUCCAGAAAAUCAGUGAGCAGCGCCCCAGAGCGCAGCGCCGCGGAGCCAAGCCCUGCCACCAGGAGGCGACCCAGCGCCGGCGGGGGCCUCCAGAGGCCAACCUUGCGCCCCCUGGGCUCCAGCGCCACUCCUCUGUCCUCCCCAGCCCGCUCCGGGGCUUCCCCGGCUGGAACACCCCGGGCUCUGGGGCAUCCCUCGCAGCCCAAGUCCAGAGGACUGCAGGCUCUACGCCCCCCGCAGGCCACACCCCCAAGGAAGGGCGCAGUCCCCGCACCGGGCUUUUCUCCUCCUUUGGCCACCUCCUCCCUACCCUGUCCUAUUGCACCGCCUUCCCAUAUCACAGACACUCCCUUGAGGGGCUCGCUCCCACCAUCUCCACCGACCACGCCCCCUCCCCAGGCCCAUAUCCACCCAUUGGCCACGCCCCCUCCACUAGCCCCUCCUCCCUCUGCUCCACCCUCUCUGCCGACCCUCCCCUCUCCACCGGCCACACCUCCUUUGCAAGCUCCCCCCGCACAUCUGGGUACAUCUUUUCCGGAGGUAUCCGCCUCUUCCUUGGCCACGGCCACUUUUCUGACUUCAGUCCCUCCAUCAGUUUCACCCGCUCUGCAGAGUAUGCCCCCCACCGAGGCGUCUUUGGCUUUACCCCCUUUUCCAGCUCUCCCCUCUCCCUUGGCCACACCUCCUUUGUCGGGUCCUCUGCCACCAGCCACUGCCCCUCUACAAGUCCCUCUAUCUCAAGCAACAUCUCUGAGGAACCCGUCUUCUUCCCUAACCACACCCCCUCUUCAGGCUCCUUCUGCUCUGCCCACGCCCCCUCCGCAGGCCGGUCCUUCUCUGUCGCCACCUCUUCAGGCCACGCCUUAUACACUGGCCACGCCUCCCACACAGGACCCUUCUCUGGCCAUAUCCCCUCCACAGACCUCUCCCCCUUCCUCUCGUCUGACCCCACUCUCUCUGCCAGGUGCUCCUCCUCUAGGCUCACCCUCUCCCCUGGCCACGCCUCUGGCCACUCCCCCUCUACAGGCCACUCCUCCUAUACAGACACCAUCUCUGGCCUCACAGCCUCUGCAGGCCUCUCCUCCACUGGCCGUGGCCCCCACACACACUCCACCUUCUCUGGCCACGCCUCCCUUUCAGGCCGCGCCCUCUCCUCAGAGGUUGCCUCCUCUGCAGGCUCCACCUCCUCUGGCCUCGCUCCCUCUGCAGGCCCCUCUCUCUCCCCCCGCUUCACCCCCUCUGCAAGUCCCUCCCUCUCCCCCUGCUUCACCCCCUCUGCAAGAUCCUCCCCUUCCCCUGGCCUCGCCCCCUCCGCGGGCUCCACCUUCCCUGGCCUUGCCCGCUUUGCAGACCCCUCCCUCUCCCCCUGCCUCACCCCCUCUGCAAGCCCCACGCCGCCCCCCAACCCCGGGUCCCGAUGCCCCAAUCUCGGGCCCACGGCUGACCCUGGCGCUGGCCCCGGGCCCACCGCCGCCACCCUCGCGCAGCCCGUCCAGUACGCUGAGCGGCCCGGACCUGGCGGGCCACAGCAGCAGCGCCACGAGCACGCCCGAAGAGCUGCGCGGCUACGACAGUGGGCCCGAGAGCGGCGCCGCAACCUCCCCGCCCGCCGAUGCGGAGCUCGCCGCCUGCCAUCCGGCCGCCUGGAGCCGAGGUUCUGCUCCGCCGCUGGCCAUCCGCGGCACCUCAGGAGCGCCCCUGCCUUGGUCUCCUGCUGCCGGGUCGGGCUCUGCUGACGGCUUGUGCACCAUCUACGAGGCUGAAGGGCCCGAGUCGGCGACUCCCGCCGCAGGCGCGCUGGAUCCGGGGCCCGGGUCUGGCGCGGGCGGUGGGAAGGCGGCGGCUGGGGCUGGGGCUGGGGCUGGAGCGGCUUCGCGGGGAGCGAAGCCGGCGCGUCUGGGCGAGCUGCCGCUGGGGGCGCUGCAGGCGAGCGUCGUGCAGCACCUGCUGAGCCGGACGCUGCUGCUAGCUGCGGCCGAGGGUGCCGCGGGCGGCACCGGUGGCUCAGGGGACGCGGGGGGUGCCGGCAGCGCGGGGGGAGCCCGCACUGCGCUCAGCGACGCCGAACUGGGCCGCUGGGCCGAACUAUUGUCUCCCCUGGACGAGUCCCGCGCCAGCAUCACCUCAGUCACUAGCUUCUCCCCGGAUGACGUGACUUCCCCGCAGGGUGACUGGACCGUGGUAGAGGUGGAGACCUUCCACUGAGCCAGACCCUAGCCCUGCCCACCCGCCGCACCCCUGCCUUAGGAUCCGUCCCUCAGGUUGUACAUCUUUGUCUUAGAUCUCCCCCUCCCCUCCUCCUGGAGUCCGGCUCCUGUGGACUGGUCUCAGACCCCUUAGAGCCCUAGAAUUUUGGCCCAGACUUGCGACCCACCCACACCUUUGGCCAAGGCUCACCCUUGAGCCCCGCCCCUUUGGCUUAGGACAAGCUCCCGCUCCCCUCGAGCCUCGUCCCUCCCUCGGCCUAGGCCCUGCCUGGAGUCCAGUGUAUCGUCUACCGCGCGCAGCCCGAGUUUGCAAUAAAGCCGGGACACUGAA